UCCCUCUUUUGAAGGUGCCCAAAUCACCGUUCAUCUCAACGUUUACUGGGACCCGGUACCAACAUUCCUAUCCUAUCAAUUCAAAUCGGUAAAAUUGUCCUUCCUUCGACACUCCGCCCCCUCCUAAAACAUCACAGCAUUUCUCCCUCCUCAUGGCUCUCUCUAUAACCUCAAAACCUCGACAAUCCAACACCAGCAAUGGCGAGAUCCAAGAGAUGGAAUUUUUCCUCAGAUUCGACGUGCUAUCUGACUCCUCCGACCACCAUUAUGUUAACGCCAACGCCACCACCAAACACAGCGCCGUUGAUUGCUUCACUAAUCUCUCUAGUGGGGUCUACAAGAAGAUCAUGCAGGAGUGGAAAAUCCUCGAGAAACACCUUCCCGAUUCAAUCUUUGUUCGGGUUUACGAGAAUCGGAUCGAUUUAUUACGAGCAGUGAUCGUGGGCACCGCCGGUACACCAUAUCAUGAUGGACUCUACUUCUUCGACAUUGCUUUUCCGUCCGAUUAUCCGUCCCGGCCGCCUCAUGUUUAUUAUAGAUCAUAUGGGUUGCGUAUUAACCCAAACCUAUACGCGAACGGGCGGGUCUGUUUAAGCCUUAUAAACACGUGGCCUGGUAGGAAGAGCGAGAAGUGGAACCCCAGUGAGUCCACGGUGCUCCAGGUUUUGGUCUCGAUCCAAGCUCUUGUUUUGAACGAGAGACCAUACUUCAAUGAGCCGGGUCAUGGCAUGUGGCCUGGUCGGAUCAUAUGGGAGAAGAGAUCGAAUUCCUACAACGAGGAUGUGUUUGUUUUAUCUUGCAAGUCAAUGCUGUUUCUGCAGCGCAGGCCACCUAAGAAUUUUGAGGGUUUUGUUGCUAAGCAUUUUAGAGAGCGAGCGAACGUGAUAUUAUCGGCUUGUAAUGCUUAUGCAAGUGGGCGAGCUAGAGUUGCAUACUACCCAACUGAUGGGUCAUCCUCGAGCGCUCCUAUUGUUGAAGUAUCGGAUAAAUUCAAGGGAUUAAUUGCACAGUUGUAUCCUGAGCUGGUUGCAGCUUUUACCAGGAGUGGGGCUUCACGGGAGAAGUUGAUCGAGCAGUUCAAGGUGGAGCGAAAAUCGGCGUCGUAUAACACCCAGGUGGUAGUUAAAAAGAAGACCGAAUCCGAGAGUGGGGUUGCGAGGAGGGUUUUGGGGAAAUUAAAGAAGGUUUUGGGAUUGAAGAAGAAAAGUGGAAAAAGCAGCAGCGUAAAAAAGAAGACGGUGCCUUCUUGAGGGAUGCGAAAUAAAAGCAGCAAGGAGGGACCCCUUUGGGAAUUUUAUUUGCUUAGUUAGGGCACUUUAGAGAAGGUGAAUUAACGGAUAGGUUUUUGAAAUUUGAUGAUUAUUAGUUUUACAAGGUAUAUAUUCGACUCUUUUAACUGUUAAGCACAUAAAGUAUAUCAAUGUGACGCUUUGUUAAGAGAUAUAUAUCAAUGUGAUGAUGCUUUGUUGAAGCAAUGCAUGGCUAUUUGUUAAAGGA